AUGCCGGUCGGAUGCGCAGUACAGGGAUCACUAUGUUAUGAGAUGUCAGAGCGCACAGCUAUCGUUAGACUCUCUCAGCGCGAUAUUUCAUACUACUCUUCCGUUGAUCAGAUCUAUACACCUGGAUUUGACCUCAACAUCGCAGUGUUCAAGGAACUAGGAUACACACAAGAUGCAUUGACUACUAUUCUCUCUUAUAUGGACGCAGGCUUUUUCAACUUGUUCGUUGAUGUGUACUACGACAGGAGAAACUCGCAAUGGCAGUUGUGCCCAUUGCCGUUUCCAGAUGGUUAUGUUUCACCCAACUUGACAUACAACUUGACAGGAAGUGCAUUAAAAACGGUUUGCGAACCAGAGGUGACGUUCGGAGAGCUGCUUUCCACUAUCAAUGAGUAUAUUGGCCUCAGUAACACCAACGUUGCCGCCCAUUUGCUACGAUUGUCCUUGCGGCUUCGUGAGUUACCGUUGCCACUUUCUAAGAAUGCUACUGGCUACUCGAAUGCUCCUGGGGACUCGUCUUUGAAUCAGACUCUCACUGCGAACCUUGGCAGAAUGGUCUUUUCACCCCUAGACCUCGAGAAUUCCCGAAACACCAAUGAAGUCACAGAUCAAAGCGUUUUCGGAAGAAAUCGUACUGAACGAUGGCCAUCUUUGGACGUUAUUCUUUUGAAUUUACAUCGGCGGAUCAUGGUCGCGGCGAUUGUCGAUACGUUCAAUGGGAGCACGUCUGCCGUCGACCUUGAUCCUAACUACGUGUUUCUCAACAAAUCGUUCCGAUACGAGUACCUAUACCAAUACGACGAGAUUCCAAAUGAAUUCACAUCUGGCCAAAAUUACGUUGCUCAGUCAGAGUUGAGUUUCGCUUCUGCUGCCAUUUCUGGUUUCAAUCCGAAUUUGGAAUACGCAUCAGCCACGGAGUUAGCAUUCUCUCCAGUGUUGAAUUUCACUACAAAUGGAAGCACACUGGUCAACUUAUACGAAGAUUACACUUGGGGCUGGGCCGCAGGUCAGCCUUCAAUUCAAACAGAACUGGAUCGAAAAGAUAUGAUGAAACUGAACGAAAUUCUCUGCUGUGCAUUACAAACUACGUCUGGAUGGAUUGUCGGUAAUUGUUUAGAGCAGUACACCGUCCUCUGCCGCCAUCGUGAUAACCCAUUCGACUGGACUCCUUCAGAUAGCGGCCACACGUACUUUGAUGCUGACUGCCCACAAGACUACUUCUUUGAUGCACCACGUACCGCUCUAGAAGCGCGGGCUGCAAGAAAUAGCUUGAUGUCGCAUGGUAUCGAUGCUGCUUGGGUCGAUGUUAAUUCGCUAUCUCUACCAAACUGCUGGGUCACCGGCGGCGUACGUGCUGCUUGCCCGUAUAAUAUCAUUCAGAGCAGUAGAAACGGUGUUGCUCUUAUUGUUGUAACGGCGACUAUCUCUGUUUGCUUGCUCACUGCUAUGAUAUACUUGGAAUGGGAGCGUAUGCGUUUUCCUCUCAUUUCGAAUCCCAGUGGUAAAAGAAGACGGCAACAACAAUCAGCCGCGCCCGAUGGAGUACCCACAUAG